AUGUUGCAAAGAAGUAGGACUCUUCCAAGCAGAAUCCACCAUGGAGCUGUGGAAGAGAGGCAUGACAUCAGGCACUACUUGCAAGUGGAAGUCCAACCCAAAGUCACUGAGUCUGAAGCCAUAAACCCUCAGUCCAGCUAUUCCAAAUGCUUUGAUGAUGAUGGUCGCCUGAAGAGAACAGGAACUUUUUGGACUUCAGCGUCACAUAUUAUCACAGCAGUUAUAGGAUCUGGUGUCCUUUCCUUAGCAUGGGCAAUAGCUCAGCUUGGUUGGGUUGCAGGACCAUCUGUCCUGCUGCUUUUUGCCCUUGUCAAUCUCUACACUUCCAAUCUCCUAGCAAUGUGCUACCGGUCCGGUGACCCUGUCACAGGACAGAGAAAUUAUACCUACAUGGAUGCUAUCAAGGCCAACUUAGGAGGAAGAAAGGUCAUGUUGUGUGGGUUGGUCCAGUACUUUAAUCUAUUUGGUGUAGCAAUUGGCUACACCAUUGCCUCAUCUGUCAGCAUGAUGGCAAUAAAGAGAUCAAACUGUUACCAUAAAAGUGGAGGGAAAGAUCCAUGCCACAUGUCAAGCAAUGGGUACAUGAUAACAUUUGGAAUCAUAGAGGUGAUAUUUUCUCAGAUCCCAGAUUUUAAUCAAGUAUGGUGGCUCUCAAUAGUAGCUGCCAUUAUGUCCUUCACAUACUCCUCUGUUGGCCUUGGACUUGGCAUUGGCAAAGUUGUAGGAAAUGGGGGAUUUAAAGGAAGCCUAUUGGGUAUCAGCAUAGGGACAGUGACCCAUGCAGGAACAGUUACUCCUACACAAAAGAUGUGGAGGAGCAUGCAAGCUCUUGGAGCUAUUGCCUUUGCUUACUCUUAUUCUUUGGUUCUCAUUGAAAUUCAGGAUACAAUAAGAUCUCCUCCUGCAGAACAUAAGACCAUGAAGAAGGCAACUGUAUUCAGCAUAGCUCUGACCACAGUGUUCUAUCUACUCUGUGGUUGCUUUGGGUAUGCAGCCUUUGGUGACCUGUCCCCAGGCAACCUCUUGACUGGCUUUGGAUUCUACAACCCUUACUGGCUACUAGAUAUUGCCAAUGUUGCUAUUGUUGUCCACCUUGUUGGUGCAUUUCAGGUCUACUGCCAGCCAUUAUUUGCAUUUGUGGAGAAAUGGAGCGCACAGAGGUGGCCAAAGAGUGACUUUGUAACAGCAGAAUAUGACAUACCAAUCCCCUUCUAUGGCGUCUACCAACUCAACCUGUUUCGCUUAGUAUGGAGGACAAUAUUUGUCAUGAUAACAACCCUCAUAUCCAUGCUGCUGCCUUUCUUCAAUGAUGUGGUUGGAAUUCUUGGAGCCUUUGGGUUCUGGCCAUUGACAGUUUACUUCCCAGUUGAGAUGUACAUUGCUCAACAGAAGAUUGGGAAAUGGAGCAGCAGAUGGGUUGGGCUUAAGAUGCUUAGCAUCAGUUGUCUCCUUGUCACCAUAGCUGCUGCAGUCGGUUCUGUGGCUGGUGUGGUUCUGGAUCUCAAGACUUAUAAACCUUUUAAAACUAGCUAUUGA